AUGUUCUACAGCCGUUUCGUGCCAUCUAUCUCAGAUGUACUACAGCCGCUACGACAACUUCUCGUGAAAGACGCACCCUGGGACUGGUCGUCUGAAUGUCAAGAGUCAUUCGAGAAGGUCAAGAAUCUGAUGGCUGAUGCACCCAUUCUUGCCCACUUCGACAUCAACCGCAAAGUCAUUGUCGAGUGUGACGCUUCUCCGUAUGGCCUCGGUGCCUGUCUGCUGCAAGAAGAUGAUACUGGCAGCCGACGUCCUGUGUGCUUCGUGUCCCGAGCUUUGAGUUCUGCCGAAUCGCACUACAGCCAGAUCGAGCGUGAAGCUCUAGCAAUUGUGUUCGCAGUGAAACGUCUUCACAUGUAUUUGUAUGGUCGUCCGUUCGUACUCCGCACUGACCAUAAGCCGCUGCUGCGUAUCUUUGGACCGCACUCCGACAUGCCAGCAACAGCCGUUUCCCGGUUACAGCGUUGGGCAGGAAUUCUCAGUGAGUAUGAGUACCAGAUUGAGCAUAUCAGUGGCACCGCUAACGUCAUCGCUGACUGCUUAUCCCGCCUGCCAUUGAAGCUGUCCGAGCAGCAAGAAGCAACCGUUGUGAACGCCGUUCUCCAGCAUGCCCGUGAUCCAUGUGAGUCUCUACCUGUCUCUGCUGCUGAUGUUGCUGCAGCCAGCAAAGACGAUGCCAUUAUCUCGCGCAUCAUGCAGUACCUUCAGUUCGGUUGGCCCGCCGACACCCCCGACGAUCUUCAAGCCUACCGCCGAUGCCGCAACGAGCUGACGAUUGAGUCUGGUUGUUUGGUGAGAGGCCAUCGUACCGUAAUCCCUGUGCAACUUCGCCGCGCGCUGCUGCAGGAGCUGCACAGUGUGCACCUUGGCAUUGUGCGAAUGAAGUCCGUCGCACGCAGUUUCUUCUGGUGGCCAGGCAUUGAUGAUGAUAUCAAGCAUCUAGCCACGUCAUGCCGUCAGUGCCAAGACACCGCUAACGCUCCGCCCAAGGAAGCACCGCAUCCCUGGAUCUAUCCCUCCGAGCCCUUUGAAAGAGUGCAUGUCGACUUCGCCGAGCACGACGGCCAGCACUACUUUCUGCUUGUAGACGCCUAUUCAAAAUGGCUCAGCGUCUACAAGAUGUCUUCUACGACAACCCACCAGACCCUGGAGUGCCUACUGUUGUUCUUAUCUACGUACGGCAUCCCGAAGACACUGGUCAGCGACAACGGUCCGCAGUUCACGUCGCACCUGUUCCGCCAAUUCUGUUUGGAGAACGGAAUCAGCCAUAAGUGCACGCCGCCAUACCAUCCUGCGUCCAAUGGACAAGUAGAACGUUGUGUCCAAGAGUUAAAGAAGGCGCUACGUACUCGCCCGGACAACGUGUCAGCCGGCACCCAGCUCCACCGUUUUGUGUUCGCGUACCGCAACACACCACAUUCAACAACACAAGUCACGCCUGCAAGCUUGGUGUUCAAGAAAUCCCCAAACGUCAAGUUCUCCCUGCUGAAGCCCAAUUUCAGUAGUUCCCAGCGUCAGCGUCAGACUACAGCGUCAUCAACGAAGAGAGACUAUACUCCCGGUGAUGCUGUAGCAGUACUCAACACUCGUAAUGGCAAUGGUCCAAAGUGGAUUCACGGAACUAUCGCCGAGCGGCUUGGUCCGCUAUCGUACAUCGUUCGUACCGGUGAACAGACGCGACAUGUACAUUCUGACCACCUUCGUAUGGCAGAAUCUGAGAGGGAAGAGGAGACUGAACAAAUUGAAAUGCAACCGCAACCGGCCGUUGAGUUCCGCCAGCCUUCUACCGUACCUGCACCAGUCAGUGCACCAGCAGAACACGCUCCCGCUGUACCAGCUGUCGAGCCAGCAUUUGAGCCCGAUGCAGACAUCGAAGUAGCUCAACCCCUAUCCACAUCGUCUGAGGCUAAGCCAGCACAGUCGCCGCGCCGAUCCUCCAGACAGCAUCGUCCCCGUCAACGCUUGAUUGAAGAAUUGUGA